CUCCUUCUGACUUGUUCAUGACCAUCCACACCUCUCCCUCUCCCUCUCCUGCUCUCCUCCCUCCUACUACUACUAACUACUAACUACUACCUUAAUCCAAAUGAGAAUGACCAUCAACCAUCCACUACACGACCAAACAACAAACAACAACCAAGACAACCAACAAGAACAAGAACAAGAACAACAGGAACAACAGGAACAACCAACUACCAACUCAAGACUCAAAAAACUCAUCAAACGAUCCAUCAGCAGACUCAUCAUCAACCACAAACCAAAGAAACACCAACACCAACAGCAACAGCCACAGCCACUCCUACUCAACCCAACCGAACCACUCAUCCAACCAACCAACUCAUUCAACCCAUCACUCUCUCAGCAUACAUCCCCCAACAGUAGCAGCAGUACCGAAUUCAGUUGGAGACCAUCCCCGAGCUGGUUCAAGCGAUCAACUACCAUCCUCAUCCCAGGACUCAACACACAACAGAAUCAGACUCAAGCCACCGGCUGGACCGGACGAAAACUAGGGCCAUCAGCUGCCCUCGAUCGCCUCUCCACCUUCUCCGGACUCUCCUCAACCAACACUAGACCGCCCUCCUCAACUAACUUACAUUCGAUCUUCGGAAUCUCUAUCAAGGAAGCAAUCGCAAUCUCCUCCCAAUCCUACCAUGCCAUCCGAGGAAACACCCUCGUCCUGCCAACCAUCAUCUUCAGCUGCGCAGAACGUCUCAAGGCUAACGAUCAUCUCGCCAUGGCCACUCCCGGCAUCUUCAGGAUCAAUGGCAACGUCAAACGCAUGAGAGAGCUCGAGGAUAUAUUUAUCGACCCCACCCUUAAUUAUGGAAAAUCUUUCGAUCUGGCUACUCCUAAACAUAAAUUAUUCCCUCUCCUUAAUAAUAAUAAUAAUAA